ACAGUGUGGAAAUCUGAGACUGAGAGGCUCACUGCUACGCUCUUCUUCUUCCUUCUUCUUCUUCUUUCAGCUACUCGCUGCUUCUUCUUCUUCCUACUCUCUCUGCCUCUGCAUUUGUCUUUUUCUUCUUCUUCUUCAUCUCCUCUUUCUUUCUAGCUCUUCUUCUUCUUCUUCUUCUUCGAUUUCCAUUCGCACCCAAAAUAAUGUUUUCGUUUUGUAUUUGGGUUUGGUUCUAUGCUAAAAAUUAACCCCAAAAAUAAAUAAAUAAACCACCAGCGUUUUUUCCCUCCCUUUACCCACUCUGCUUCCGCAUAUACCCAAAAAAAAAAAAAAAAAAAGAAAAAAAAGAAAAAAAAAGAACCAAAUUGGAAGUCUCUUGAAAAUCUCUAUUCCGGGGUAUGAAUCAAUUGAAGGGUGGUCGUGAAUUUCUCAUACCCUUUUGAAUUUCGCUUUUUGUCCCGCGUUUUCUCAUCCUAUUUUCUCUACCCAAAAUAUUUUUGGAGGGGAUUUUUUUGGGUUUAGGGUUUUGCAUUCGGCGGUUUUUUAUUUUUAUUUUAUUUUUGUUUUUGCUCUGAACUAGGAUUAGGGUUUUCUCUUUCUGUCUCGCUCUCAUUGUUGGGGGAUUAGGGUUGUGUUUGAUAAGAUGAUGUACGGUGAGCCUCAGCAGCAGCAGCAGCAACAGCAACAAGGUGGAGAUUUUCACAGGGGUCCACAACCACCUCCGCAGCCUCAAAUGAUGCGCCAGCCGUCUGCUUCUUCAACUAAUAUGGCUCCUCCGGAGUAUCACCACCCCUCUGCCCCUGCUCCUCCUAUUCCUCCUUACGAUGCCCAUGGUGACAAUUUUGCUGGAAAAAGGAGAAAGCUUACCCAGAGGAGGGCAGUUGAUUACACUAGCACAGUGGUACGAUAUAUGCAGGUUCGAAUGUGGCAGCGGGAUUUGAGGGAUCGGACUGUAUUGCAAGCUACACCAGCAGCUGCAAUUGAUAUGUUGCCAACAGUUGCGUAUUCAGAUAAUCCAUCUACUAGCUUUGCUGCAAAGUUUGUUCAUACCUCUUUGAACAAAAACCGUUGUUCAAUAAAUCGGGUUUUGUGGACUCCUACAGGGAGACGCCUUAUAACAGGCUCUCAAAGUGGCGAAUUCACUAUCUGGAAUGGACAAUCAUUUAAUUUUGAAAUGAUUCUUCAGGCGCAUGAUCAAGCAAUUAGGUCUAUGGUGUGGAGUCACAACGACAACUGGAUGGUCUCUGGUGAUGAUGGGGGUGCAAUCAAGUAUUGGCAGAUCAACAUGAAUAACGUGAAGGCCAAUAAAUCUGCUCAUAAAGAAUCAGUUCGGGACUUGAGUUUUUGUAGGACAGACUUGAAAUUCUGUUCCUGUUCUGAUGAUACUACUGUUAAAGUCUGGGACUUUGCACGGUGCCAAGAAGAACGCUCUUUAACUGGCCACGGGUGGGAUGUGAAGAGUGUUGACUGGCAUCCGACAAAGUCUUUAUUAGUUUCAGGUGGAAAAGACAACCUUGUCAAACUUUGGGAUGCUAAAACAGGGAGAGAACUAUGUUCAUUUCACGGCCACAAAAAUGUUGUGCUUUGUGUCAAAUGGAACCAAAAUGGUAACUGGUUGCUAACUGCAUCAAAAGAUCAAAUCAUCAAGCUUUAUGACAUAAGGGUCAUGAAGGAGCUUGAAUCUUUCCGUGGACAUCGAAAAGAUGUGACUGCUUUGGCUUGGCAUCCCUUUCACGAAGAAUAUUUUGUCAGUGGGAGUUUUGAUGGAUCUAUUUCCCAUUGGCUUGUUGGGCAUGAAGUUCCCCAAGUAGAAAUUCCCAAUGCCCAUGACAACAGUGUUUGGGAUCUUGCAUGGCAUCCUAUUGGAUAUCUUCUUUGCAGUGGUAGCAAUGAUCACACAACAAAGUUUUGGUGCAGAAAUAGGCCAGGAGACACAACUCGUGAUAAAUUUAACAUGGGUCAGAACCAAGGUUAUGGUGAGCAAAAUCCUGCUUUUUCUGGUCGCUUACCUGGUAAUUUUCCAGCAUCGGAUGGGCCAACAACUCCUGGACCAUUUCCUCCUGGGUUGGCUAGAAAUGAGGGAACGAUUCCUGGUGUUGGAGUUGCUAUGCCACUAUCUAUCCCAUCACUUGACACAUCAAUUCAGGGUGAGCAAAAGCCACCUCAUCAAGUUUCAAUGCCUUUGGGGGCUCCUCCUCUUCCACCUGGCCCUCAUCCCUCCCUCCUUGCUGUCAAUCAGCAACAACCAUAUCAACAAAACCCUCAACAGAUUCCACAACAACAACAUCAACAACACCAAGGACACCCACAACAAAUGCAACCUGUGCCUAUGCCACCUCCAAAUAUGCCACAGCUACAGCCUCCCCAUUUGCCCUUGCUCCAACAUCCGCAUUUACCUCGUCCCCCACCCCAGUUGCCCCAACUUGGUAUGCCUUCAUCUAUGCCAUCUUCCAUGCCUGGAUCUAUGCCUAUGCCCUCAUCAGUUCCCUCAUCACUUCCUAUUCAAAUGCCUGGUCCAAUGGGGAUGCAAGGUGCAAUGAAUCAGAUGGUUCAACAAAUGCCUCAAGGUCAUUUUAUGGGCAUGAACCCAAUGCAUGGAGGAUCCUCUGCAGGAGCGCCUCCUCAGGUUGGGGGUUUUCCUAAUGGCAUGCAAAACAUGCAGGGUCCUUCGAAUACAGGUGGACCCCCAAUGUAUCCACAGGGUGGUGCUUUCAACCGGGGACAAGCCGGACAAAUGCCAAUGAUGCCUGGGUAUAAUCACUACCAGUCCACUAAUCAAUCUGGGAUGCCACAACCUCCGCCGCAAGGACCACCUCACGGUCAGCUACCUCAGUAGAGAAUUAACUGCAAUCAUAGGGGCUGCCAGCCAUGGCCAAAAUAGGAAAUUUCUUAAUCUCUGAACAACUUUUAUCAAUGUAUAUCUACAAAUUUUUGUUUACUUUUAGCUGUAGUUGUAUGUAUUUGGCAUAGUGACUUAUUGAGGAUACUUUUGGUGAGCGUAGAAUUAGUAGUCUAGGAUUUUGUAUUCUAAAUAGGGAUUAUCAUCAAUUUAGUUCUUUUGGUUUUGUUGUGUCACUUGGGACUGGUAUUGGAGAUGGUGAAUUUUGGCUUUCUACAACAGAUUUAAAUUUGAAAGUGGUCAAUUAUGCGAGAACUAUAUUGCAAUGGGCUUAGCUGUAUACAAAACUAUUUAUCAAUUGAUUUAGCAAGUAACGUAAUGCUAUUUUAUUUGUUUGUAUUGA